CACAUUUUAGGGAACUGCGCGGGAUUUUACAAAUGGUAACUUCCGUCAACUAAACAUCGGUGCCGUUCUCUGUGACUGACGAUGGCUCUAUCAGGCAGUCAGACUGACCUUGAACAGCGAUUUGGUCAUCUCAUACAACCCAUCCGGGACUUGACCAAGAACUGGGAUAUAAACAUAUGCAGUUACCUUGAAGACUAUCUAGAUGAGCUUGAGAAGAUUCAGGUUACGUUCGAUGAUGGUCACACGACGAUGAACUUCGCGGAGGCAGCUCUGCUCAUUCAAGGCUCAGCUUGUGUGUACAGCAAAAAGGUGGAGUAUCUGUAUACUCUGGUGUAUCAAGUCUUGGAUCUCCUCGCCAACAAGAAACACCCCCAGAAGCCAACGUCAGUUGACAAAGAUGGGAAUGACAAUGAUGCCCAGUUUCCUCAAGACGAAGAUGAGGAGUUUCUGCCGUUGGACGACAUCAAGGAACACAAGAACGUUGACAUGAAGGAGGGCAGCAACUACCUGGACAAGUCCAUCGCACCCAUCCCUAAAACCCCACUGGCACUCAUCCCUCUGGAGGACGGAGAAAAAGGGCAGAACCCGCUGCUGAGUAAAACUGGGGAGGUGCUGGCAAGUCGAAACGACUUCAAAAUGAACACCAGCUACGUACAUCCGUGUGGCUCCAUGUUGCUGGACAUGACUCACCUCAACCUGCUGGAGCUGUCACUCAAACUGCUGGCUUCGUCCACACCCUACCCCACUAAACCAGCUGCAGCCAAACUGACAGAGGAGUGCAAUGUCAACGAGGAGAUGCAGACUGAGGUAGCUGGGGAUGUGCCGGCCAAUGGAGGGGAGGAUAUGCCCAUGAACAUAUCCGUCGACUUUGAUGACAACGAUGGUGGCGAUGCACUUGGUGGGAGUUUCAACGCAGAUCCUCUUGCAUCCCCAGAGGAAGUGGAGGGCUUGCGGAGAUCAGAGAGGAGAAGAGUGCAGAUUGUUGAACCAGUUGCUCCACCAAAGCCAACUGUAGAUCCAUGGCUGUCAACAGAUCCGUAUGAUGAAGACAAGAACAAGGUUAAAGCUCUGUCAAAAACUCGAAAGUCAGUUAGGAUACCGAUCAAAUCUGCAGACACAACGAAGAAGAGGAAACGGAAGAUGCCUGUUAAAGAAACAACUUUAGAGCCGCUUAUUUGCCGAGAGAACUUCAGAGACUCUGGCCAGAGGAAGAUCCGAGACCAGCUGAGUGAGUUCGAGGCUCUCUACUGGGAGGAGUUCAUGAAGAGGAAGGCCAGCGAGAAGGAAGAGAAAAAAAUGAUGGCACUAGCUGGCUACCAUACAGAGGAAGAAGAUGAAGUCGUACCGGAGGAAGAGGCACCAGAAUUAAUGGCGCCAGGCGACAACGAUGACGACUGUGCUGAACCCCUCCAUGUUGAUGACGACUUGGCAUUCCCAGCAGAACAACAGUUCCAUCACAGAAACUCCAUUGCUCUCAACGACAGCAUGUUCGACAACGAUGCGAUGGUGACAAGCUAUGAAGUGUUGGUCAGGAAGCAUGUGGAAGCUUUCAUGGCAAGUGCUCAAGAAUAUGCACAAAUCACUGAACUUUCAAAGCGUGUUGCUGAUUGGGAAGAGAAAAUAGUUCCUCGGUUACGAGAGGAAGAACAGCACGAACCGUUCGAUAUUCACAAGUAUGGCACCUCUGUGAUGGACGGCCUCUCCAAGUCACAGAUGAUCCCCUUCAAACGAAUAGCAGCAGGAAAACCAGAGUUUGAAAUAUGUCGCCUGUUUCUUGCAACUUUACAACUGGCCAACGUUGGCAACGUUGAGAUAAGCUGCCAAGGUACACUUCACGACGGUAUGGACAAGAUGGCGCUGAAACUCGUCUCGACAAAACGACAUUUUGAAGAACUGGCCGAGUAUCAAGCUCCUUCAGCAAAGUAGAUGUUAAUAUUUAAAUACUGUACAUAGCUGUAUAGCGAGGUGUAGGUUUUGGCAGUGAAAUGUGUGUGAGGCGAUACGAGGGAUUACUCACCAAACAAAGCCAAGAUUUACCUGGGAUUACAAGGAAAAGUCUACUGAUCUACAAGACAAAUCUGCUGAUCCUAUAAGACAAUAACACUAUUCACUUAAUUAAUUUAUUUAUUAAUUAAUUAAUUAAUUACACUGGUCCACUAGAUUAUAUCAUGUGUCCUUUUGUCAAACACACUGGUCCACCAGACAAGUGAUGGUAAACAUUACCCACCAGAUGUAAGUUUUCAAUCUUCUCAGCUAAAUGUUUUCUUCCUAUCAACAGCCUUGAAUGACAGAUCUCAUAUUUUUGGGAAAGAAAAAUUGAAAUAUAUUGAAUCUUGUAUCAUAAAACUUUCUGAUUGUGAAAAACACAUUAAGUAUUGAUGUUGAUGAGAACCUAGACAGAAAUGAAUUGUCUUGACAUGAAGCACCUUUUAAUCCAGAUUAAUCCUGGAGUUUAUAACAAUGUAUAUAGCUAGAGAAUCAUCUGGGAAUAUCUAUGAAUGAAUUUUAGACAGAUGUAUAAUAUGUAGAUAUUUGUUUUACCUCGUUGAUUGUCUCAUUAUAAUAUAUAGCUUUGAUCAUACUUGCUUAUCACUCAACACAUUUUAAUCAUGAUAAUGACAGAGAGAUCAGACGUUAUAGGGGAUCGUCCAUAAGUUAUUACUGGGGUGGGUGAUGAUGAUUAUUUGGAAGGG